CUGCCAUGCAAGAAGAUGGCCCCUCGUUUUCUCGUUAUUUACACUUUCGCCCCUCCCUCCCCCUCCUCAAAACCCAACCCGCUCCUCCUCCUCCUCCGCCAUCACUCACCAUCACAGCUCACCUUCGUUCUCCUCCCUCCCAUUCUCUCUCUAAAAAAACUCGCAGGCCCACCUCCCUUUCUCUCUCUACAUUCGAUCGCCCCGCUGCCCCCUCCGAGGAACGACGCGCUUUUCGCCCGCGGGAAGAUGAAGAUGGAGGUGUCGGAGUGCUUCGUCGGCGGGGGCUACCCCGGCGAGUUCUCCCCGGAGAAGAAGGGCGGGGAGCAGUUCGCCGUCGACGACCUCCUCGACUUCUCCAACGAGGAGGACGACGCCGCCGCGAUGAUGGUGGCCGCCGCCGACGGCUUCUUCGACAAUGUCGGCGCCAGCUCGGCGGAUUCCUCCACCGUCACCACCGCCGUCGACAGCUGCAACUCCUCCGUCUCCUGCGGCGACAACCACCUCUCCGGCAGCUUCGGGUCCCGGAGCUUCGGCGACUCCGGCUUCGCCGGCGAGCUCUGCGUUCCGUACGACGACUUGGCGGAGCUUGAAUGGCUGUCGAAUUUCGUGGAGGACUCGUUCUCGACUAAGCAGAACCUCCAACAGCCCCUCCACUUCAUUCCCGGAUCCAAACCGCCCACGCCGGAAUCGUCCUGCUCCGACGCCCUGGCCCGGCCCGAGCUCCUCGACCUCAAGCCCGCCGCCAAUGCCGACGCCGACGCCGGCCCCCCGAUUUUCCUCCCGGAGACGCCCCUCCCCUCCAAGUCCCGGAGCAAGCGGUCCCGCGCAGCCCCUUGCAACUGGACCACCCGCCUCCUCCACCUCUCCCCUGUCAAGCCGCCCAAGACUGCCCCGUCCGUGAAGAAACGGGAGGGCCUCCCGGACGCGGCGAGCCUGGACUCGGCGCCACGGAGAUGCCUCCACUGCGCGUCCGAGAAGACCCCCCAGUGGAGGACCGGCCCGAUGGGGCCGAAGACGCUGUGCAAUGCCUGCGGGGUCCGGUUCAAGUCGGGCCGCCUGGUGCCCGAGUACCGCCCCGCCGCGAGCCCGACCUUCAUUUCCACCAAGCACUCGAACUCGCACCGCAAGGUCCUGGAGCUCCGGAGGCAGAAGGACAUCCACAGGGCGCAUCAUCAGCAGCAACAGUACUUCGGCCAAAGCCCCAUCUUCGGCAUGUCGAGCGGGCCCGACGAGUUCUUGAUCAACCACUGUGGCGGACCCGCGUACCGUCAUAUGAUGUAGUAUGCCAUCAAUUAGAAAAUAAUCUCACCUGAAAAAAGGGGAAAAAACUUGUAGCUUGCUAAUGCUAACUUAAAUCAGUUCUUAGUUUCUGUUCAA